ACACUUCCCCGAGGGUGGGGAGGGAGCGCAGGAGGCAGGGAAAAGGGGGCGCGCCCCCUUCGCCCAGCGCGCCACGGGCUUUAGCGAGCAGCCUCGCAACUGCGACAAAGCGACCCUGCUCGGAAAGCGGACCGGACCCCCCGACGGCCGCCGCUCGGAUGGAAACUUAGGAAGGGAGGGCGGAAGCCCCGGACUCGGCCGAGAACGAGCGAGGCGCCGCGUCGGCGUCAUGCUAUGGAGAGCAGGGGUCCCGCGGUGCUGGGCUUGGGGCAACUGCUAGCUUCCUUCGGCGAGCGCCCGGCGGCUGAGGAGGUCGCCUCGGCCGCGCCAUGGCGAGCGCCGGGCAGCGCGGAGGCGGGAGGAGGAGGCGGCGGCGGCGGCAGCAGCGUCGUCGAGCGGGACUGCGCGGGGGAGAAGAAGAAGGAGCUUCCCGAGGAGGCGCUGCUGGAGUUGCGCCGCCGCCGCGGGCGCUCGCUCUCCCUGCCCGCCAGCCCGACGCUGGCGGCCGCGCGGCUCUUUCCGCGGGGCCGCCUCGAGGGGGACAGUGACGGCGACCAGGACGACGACGAGGACGGAGGGGGGCCGUCGGCGUCGGGGGGCGGCAGCGGCAACUGCUGCACCAAGUGCAAGAAGCGGGUGCAGUUCGCCGACUCGCUGGGCUUGUGCCUGGCCAGCGUGAAGCACUUCAGCGCCGCCGAGGAGCCGCAGGUGCCGCCCGCCGUCCUGUCCCGCCUGCAGAGCUUCCCCAUGCGCCAGAAGGACUUCGAGGAGUUCAGCGCCGCCCUGGCGGGCCUGGGCGCUUGCGCCGCGCCGGCCUUGCGCCCGCUGCACUUGCCUCAGGCGCUCCAGUUGGCGCCGCCGCCGCCGCCCGACGGGCCCGGGCGGCUGCAGGGCCAGCGCGUGUGCCUGGAGGAGGCGACGGGCACGGCUCUGGCCGGGGCCCCCACAGACGUGCGCGGCGUGGUGAGGGUGCUCAGCUGCCCGGGCCCCAAAGAAGUGACGGUGCGCUACACGUUCAACGAGUGGCUCUCCUUCUUGGACACCCCCGCGGCGCCGCUGCCCCCGCCGCCGCCCGCGGACCCCCCGGAGCCCUGCAGCCCCGUCGAGCGCUACCAGUUCACCCUGUGCCUCCCGCCCGGUCUGCAAGAGGGCACGGCCGUGCAUUUCGCCAUCUGCUACCGCAGCCAGCAGGGCGAGUACUGGGAUAACAACGGCGGGGCCAAUUACACCCUUAGCAGCCCGGAAAAAUCCGCGCCUCCCUUUUAUUGACACCGACCAGGCGCCCGUCAGCUUGCCUUCCUGGGUUGCCAGAGAACCUCGGAGCGAGGAGCCAGCUGUGCUUUGCCUCGCACCGCGUGCUUUACAGCCUUCCGAGCCCCGCGACCUCCAAGAACUGCCAUCACCUUGCCUUAGUGCCUUCCACCCCAAUCCUUUGGAAAGCGGAUCGGGGUGGCCAACCGUGCCUUUGCACUUACCUUAGCCUCGCUGCAGCCAGCCUAGUUCAAGUUGGAGCAAAGGAGAAGCCUUGUAGGGCAUCAAGUGAGAAGGAAAUGUGGAAAUCAGGGCCUGACAAUGGGAGAGAGAAGGACAAAGCAGCAACCUGAAUGUUACCUGCUUUCUGCUCCAGGCAAACACUGAUAUGACCUGGUGUCUAUAACUGGGGGAGUGACUGAUGCUGUGAAACAUCCCUUUUUGUGGGGGGAAGUAUGCCCCUCUGGAGCUAGAGAGUGGAGUUUGCUGUUCUGGAAGCUUGCAAGAGGUGUGGUGGGGAGUGGGGGACCAUUUCUGACCUGUGCCUUUCAUUAUUCCUGUACAGGAAAUGACCUGUGAAAGCCAAGAAGGAUGCAAUUGAAUUACAGAAGUCUCUCUGAGAACCAAGCAAACAGAGCUGUUCAAAAUACACAUGCACGGCUGAGUACUUCCCUGUUAUAACUUGAAUACCGAGCCUUUUCUUUACACUAAUAAACUAGAGGCACUUUGUCUUCCACCAAAGGGAUAAUGUGCUCUUAUUUCUGUAACACAGAUGGGGAAGGACCUUUUGGCAGAAAUCUUAACAGAUAUUGGCCAAGGGCUUGAUGAAGAGGAGUUGUGGUUUUUUUGGUCUGUUUUUGAAAAAGGGAACGUUUGUGGCUACUUGUUUGUUGUUUUUGUUUGCACUGGUGAUUUAGUCUUGGUUCCAGUCACAUAGCAUGUUAAGAAAUUAUCACUUAAAGCAUAUCAUCACAUGUGGGCUUUCAAGGUCUAAGGAGGUGUGAAAUGUCUGUCUACUAGAAAAUCCACACUGGGAUGUAAUAGCCCUUUAGGAAAGGUGUUUAGAGUUCUGUGACCAAAUGAAAAUGAACUUGCUGUAGCUGUGUAGAAGAGGGAAUUUCGGCAGGUUUGGGUUUUCCUGCUGAAAUUCAUCCUUCUCCACAACUAUUGGAAGUUCUGGAGCCCCGCCUUCCUUUGCAUCCAAUCCCGCUUAUGUUUGCUCCCUGCUUCUGGCUGGAUUGUAGCUGCUGCCAACACACAGAAUUAAGCUUUUUGCAAACUGUGGACACACACUUCAGGGUUUUGCAAAAGUUGAUGCAUGCAUGUGGUAGCGGCAGCUACAUGUAUCUAGCUGGUAGUGAGGAAGGCAAGCAGGAUUAAAUAAUAAUAAUCCUUAGCUGGACUACUGCAUAGCUGUUGUGUGGAUCAUCAUCCUUGGUGUGUGCCGAUUGACUACUAGGUGCUUUAAAACGUAAACCCAUUCAGUAUUCCUGAAGCUUCUCUUGAGAUGACAUACCUGUGGCAGUAGCUGCUGAGAGAGCAAGCAACUUUCUUGUGUGAUCCACUUCCUCUGGAUGUCCCAUCUCUGUAACUUGGUUGAGUCCUUUGAAGGGCCUCUUACUUUGAAACUUAAUGCACUUUUACAACCCUAAAUGGUUAAAAAAAAAACAAAAAUCACAAAAGCUAGCUGCAGCCUUGCUACAACUCAGGCUGUGAAGUGUUUAGUAGGAGCAAUCAUUCUGGGAAAUUAGCUGCUAAAACAGGAACAACUUGAUGACCACUUAAUUGGUGUCUUUGGGACUACUAUUAACUAAAGUGGCCGCUGAAUAGCACCUUUAGAAGCCUGUCUAGCAGUCAAAUUGUAUUAAGGUCUCCUCUCCAGUCAUGAUAAAAUGGUCUAAUGACCAAAAGUGACAAUUAAUUGAAUUGCCUUUCAAGGGCAAACUCAUUUCUUAGCAUGCUCUUUCUUACAGUAUUCACUUUCUAAAACUUGGAAUGGUAGGCUCUUUCCUGCCUGGGAUUUGGGGAAAAUAUUGCUGGCACCACUUCCGAUUUUUGUACUUUUCUUCACCCUUCAUAAGGGUGUCAACCUUAGCCUUCUUUUCUCAAGUAAGGUGACUCAGUAGGUCAGUAGUAUGAAACAUCUGCCAUGUUGAGGGAUCCUGUAUGGGUUUGUAUGAAUGCAAUAGACUGGCAUACCCUCCAAGGUGAAGGGAGAUGUGAGCAGGGGUAAGCUUUGCAGAGCCAUAUUGGGGUUUAUAUAUGCCUCACUUUGUCCAGUUGUAGCACUGUGCAACCACAACUUAUAUAAUGAAGCAUCACCUUAAAGGUUGCUUUAGGAAUGUAUCUCUAGGAGAUUAAGGGGCACUUAGCAUUGUAAUGAACAUGGGGUUUGUGGUGUGCACACAUCAGUCUAAAGGUCUCGCCCAGGCAUGGUUCCCAAGCGCCACACAUGCAGCGUGUUUUCAGAAGCUUGUCCCUAUUUACGUUAUAUUUCCAUGACACUGCUCUUCCCUGUUGUGUAUGUAGCAGUUGAGAAUUCCUUAGCUCAGUGGUACGCAAUUGGUGACCUGUGGACCCCAAGAGGUCCACUUAACCCACCCAGGGUGUGGUUUGUGGCACCAUUCACAUAACUAAACCUAUCACAGAGGUAUCAAAAUUUUUAAAAGUAAGGGGUCCAUGGCUUGGCUUUUGAAAAACAGGCGGUCCACAGUACUUAGUUGAUUCAGAACCAUUGCCAUAACUGCUUCUUGGUGCACUAGCUAUGCAGAACAUAAUCCUUCUGCGCUUAAUAUAACAUUACAAAAUAAUAAUUUGGAUUCUUGUUUGGAAAUUUUAUGAUGUGUUUAUAAAGUGUUAAAUGGCUGCUCUUCCCCCUUCAUUUUUUAAACAGAGAAGCUGACUGUGACUCCUACUGUAACCUUGGACUCUGCAGUUGAUAACUGUUGGGGACAAAAGUUAAAAUGUAGUUGAAGCCUUCUUGUUGCAGGGCAGUGGGACAGAAGUGUAGGGUAUCUCUGUGUACAUGCCAAGAGCAACACUGCCUUUCAGUGUACUUCGAAAAAUACUGUUUUCCUUCAGCUAGAGUAGCAGUUUUCUCAACAUUUUGGAAGAACUUGUUCUGGUCACUUUUUGAAAAUAAAAUAAAAUACUAUAUUGCAGAUGCAGAGAAACCCUGUGGGGUUUCUAUUUUUCUUUUAAAACUGGUUUCCAAAAUGUAUUAAAUUAAACGUAGCAAUGAAUAAGCAAGCACGAGUGCACAAAUUCUCCUGAACACCACACGUUCCUUUUCCUUGGAUAAAAAACUGAUGCCAUGUCAAAGAGCCCGCAGUGAGUCAUAAUGCGGUCAGCAUAAACUUUGACGCUCCUACCACCUUAAGUGGUAAAGAUGCUAGGUUGUGGGGGAUGGGGGAAAAUAUAUAUUUUCCCAUGGGAUAAUUUUUUUGUAUACCUGAGAGCCAGUGGAAGACAUAGGUGAGUGUUUUGGUUAGGAAAUGUGAUACCUUUUUUAAAAAAACCCCACAGGGCUUGAAUAAGCACUUUUAGAAAUGUAAAAUUAGGUAGCCUUUGACUUCUUGCCAGCUCAGGUGACUUAGGGUGCCUUUUCCUCUGCCCCCCCCCCCCAGGUUUAUUUCCAUAAACUAUUGGGGGGGGGGGAGAAACUACCGGUAGUUCUUGCCUGAGAUAUUCAGAGGGAAUGAACAGAGCUGUUAGCCGAUAUGUCAGAACUGCAUACUGUCUUGAACAAGAUCAUUCUCAGCAAGCAAGGAGCAAAUCUCUAGCAUGCUAUUCUGGCAAAAACUGGUAAGAACUGGUUUUGCACACUGUGGAGUUCCUCCUGUAUUUGCUGUGAAUAAUCUUGUUGGAACAGCAUUCAGAGGAGACCGAGUUCCCGGAGAUAUCUGGAAUUGUGCAGAGUAUUCUAAAUAUGGAUUGCAUUCUGCGUGUAAAUGAUCACCCUCUCCUUCCAGAGGAAUGUCAAAUAUGCUUCUGUUUUUAGUGCCUUUAGAGGAAUAUGGGGAAGGGUGAGUUGGGUGGGUGAGUUUUUUUGUUUCUGUUAGACGUGUUGGAGGAAUUCUCUCGGAUGCUUUAAUAAGCAAGAAUUGUAAACCUUGAUGAAUAAAAAUGCCUUUUCCUGUGAGUUAAUGAGCUUGUUUGUCUGCUACAUACGACUACAUCCAUUUUUGUUUUCAGUGUAAUCUUUCUUGUGUGUAUAUCUAUCCCAUAACUGCUGUACAAACAUAACCAGAUUGUAGAGGAGAGGAGAGGAGAUUUUCAAGCACCACAACCCUUUGUUCAAUAAAAGACUUAUUGGGUUGGCAGCCUUAGAUGUUUCUUUUAAAUGGGACUCAAAUUAAGCAAAGGUUUUGUUUGCUUUCAUUUGCUUUUACCUAAGAUGGUUGGUUCUUAUUUUCUUAAGUUAGGACUUUGGUGUUAACAGAUGUUGAGACAUAGAAUGAAAUAAUGUGACCAAUAAACUUCUGCCCCUUCUCUAUGCCCGAGUUUGCCAAAUUUCCCAAACAUACUGUCUAGUUCCUAAAAGUACAUCUCAAGCUCUUUGACUCUUCUGAAAUUUGGAGAUUUUAAAGAAGUUAACUCUUAAAUGUUUAGACUCAUUUAAUGUUUUCCUCUUUUUUGGCAGGUACAGUUCCAGAUGUCUGCAUUUUGAGUGCUAGCAGAGCUUACUCUCAACUUUGCUAGUGUGUACCAGGUCUGGAAACAAUAAGAGAUUCUGCAGCCAUCUGGAUUAAAAUAAGAAAGAAAAGGAAAAUGUGUAUUAAGCCAAAACAAAUAUUGUAUAUUAAAACUUCAGUCUGGGUUCUA